UCUCCUACCCAGCACUCUCUCUUUCUAGUCUUCUCUAUCUCCGUCGUCUGCAAAUCUCUAAAACCCUCCUGUCCGACCAUGACCAUUAGCAGCAUCUAUCCAACUGCAGCUGGGCCCCACCUCUCUUGAGCCAAUCUCCACCCUCCAUCUCAAAACCCCACCCUCUACUCCACCAAUCCCCAACAAAACCCCAAGAUGAUGUCUGACGAGUCCUUCGCUCGUCAUCUCUCCCGUCCCUACAUCUCCUCCUCCCUCAGCGCUCCUUCCUUUCCCACCUUCUCGAAUGGAAACCCUAACCCUAACCCUAAUCCUAGAUUCUCUCGUUCUCCAUCCUCUUCAUACAAAAACGCUAGAGCGUCGUCGUCCUCCGCCUCUCCCUCCACCUUCUCCCACAACCCUCGGAUCGCCCUUGCUCUUAUCCCAGCUGCUCUCUUCCUCGUUGAUCUCGGUGGCCCACCCGUCGCAGCGACCCUUACUCUCACCCUCAUGAUCUCCUACAUCCUCGAUUCCCUCCACCUCAAAUCCGCCUCUUUCUUCUCCGUCUGGUUCUCUCUCAUCGCCUCUCAGAUUGCCUUCUUCUUCUCCUCCUCCAAUCCCCUCUCUGUUUUUCCUUCUCUCCCUCUCUCCCUCCUCUCUCUCUUCCUCUGCGCUGAAACCAAUUUCCUUAUUGGAGUCUGGGCUUCCCUUCAGUUCCGCUACAUCCAGAUCGAGAACCACUCGAUCGUCCCCGCCCUAGAACGUCUCCUCUUCGCCUGCAUCCCCCUCGCCGUCCCACCACUCUUCACCUGGGCCUCUGUCUCGGCUCUUGGCCUGGGCCCUGCCUCUGCCUACCACCUCGCCGCCUUCUCUGCCAUCUCCUAUUGGCUCUUCUCUCUCCCCCGCACGUCCUCCUUCAAGUCCAAGCAAGAACUGGUGCGUGGGCGGGAUCUCGCAGCUGGGGAUGAGUCCUUUAUCCUCGGUCCGCUUGAAAGUUGUGUCCACACCCUGAACCUCCUCUUCCUGCCUCUCUCCUUCCACAUCGCGUCCCACCACUCGGUGAUCUUCUCGUCGGCGUCAUCCGUGUGCGACCUCCUUCUCUUGUUCUUCCUCCCAUUCUUGUUUGUGCUCUAUGCAUCGACUCGGGGUGCGCUGUGGUGGGUCACAAGGGAUGGGCACCAGGUUCAUCAGAUACGGGUGGUGAACGGCGCAGUCGCUCUGGUUGUUGUCGUGAUUUGCUUGGAGGUCAGAGUGGUUUUCCAUUCGUUUGGACGGUACUUGCAUGUGCCCCCACCAUUGAAUUAUCUUCUUGUGACGGUUGCGAUGCUGGGUGGAGCAUCUGGGGUGGGGGCUUAUGCUCUCGGGUUGGUCAAUGAUUGGUUCAGUUCGGUGGCUUUCACUGCUCUGUCAGUUCUGGUCAGUGGGGCUGGGGCAAUUGUUGUAGGCUUCCCUAUAUAUCUCCUUCCACUCCCCUUGAUCUCUGGCUUUUAUCUAGCUCGGUUCUUUACACGGAAGAGCCUGCCUUCAUAUUUUGCCUUUGUCAUGCUGGCAAGCUUGAUGAUCGCAUGGUUUGUUAUGCAUAACUUCUGGGAUCUCAAUAUUUGGUUGGCUGGUAUGGCUCUUAAAUCCUCCUGUAAGCUGAUAGUUGCAAGUGCGAUCCUGGCAAUGGCUGUUCCAGGCUUUGUCCUUCUUCCACCGAAACUUCGUUUCAUCACUGAACUGGGUCUUAUCAGCCAUUCUCUGGUGCUUUGCUACAUAGAAAAUCUGUUUUUUAACUAUACUGGCAUGCAUUAUUUUGGGUUUGAAGAUGAAGUGAUAUAUCCGAGCUACAUGGUCAUCUUGACUACUUUUCUGGGUUUGGCUUUGGUGAGGAGAUUGGUUGUGGAUCAGCGCAUUGGACCAAAAGCAGUUUGGAUUUCGACCUGUUUAUAUUCCUCAAAGCUAGCUAUGCUUUUUAUUACAUCAAAGUCUGUUCUAUGGGCAUCGGCUGUUCUACUACUGGCUGUUUCUCCUUCAUUGCUUCUUUACAAGGACAAGUCAAAAGCAAGUUCUAGAAUGAAGCCUUGGCAGGGUAUUGUACAUGCUGGUGUGAUUGCUUUCUCUGCCUGGUUCUGCCGCGAAACUAUUUUUGAAGCUCUCCAGUGGUGGAAUGGAAGACCCCCGUCUGAUGGCUUGCUUUUGGGAUUUUAUAUUCUUUCAACAGGAGUGGCUUGUAUACCAAUUGUUGCACUCCACUUUUCCCAUGUCCAGUCGGCAAAGAGAUUCCUAGUGCUAGUGGUUGCUGCAGGUCUGCUAUUUAUUUUUAUGCAACCACCGAUUCCAUUGUCAUGGGCAUUCCAAUCGGACAUGAUGAAAGCAGCUCAUCUCUCUGCUACAGAUGACAUUUCAAUCUAUGGCUUUGUGGCUUCAAAGCCUACAUGGCCAUCAUGGCUACUGAUCAUGACAAUCUUAUUUACAUUAGCAGCAGUCACCUCCAUCAUUCCCAUCAAGUACAUAGUUGAGUUGAGGGCAUUUUACGCAGUUGGAGUGGGGAUUGCGUUGGGCAUUUACAUCUGUGCAGAAUAUUUCCUUCAGGCCACAAUCCUACACGCUCUUCUUGUCGGGACAAUGGUCAGUGCGUCUGUCUUUGUUGUCUUCACGCAUCUCCCUUCUGCUUCAAGUACAAGGCACUUGCCAUGGGUGUUUGCUCUACUGGUAGCGCUCUUCCCUGUCACCUACCUAUUGGAAGGACAGUUGAGAGUAAAAAGUGUCGGAGCAGAUGAAGAAGGGGACAAGCUCACAACAUUAUUGGCAGUUGAAGGGGAUAGGAUGUCGCUUUUGGGGCUAUAUGCUACGUUGUUCAUGCUAAUUGCAUUGGAGAUCAAAUUCGAGCUGGCAUCACUGAUGCAUGAGAAAGCGUUGGACAGAAGCUCCAUGCACCAAUCUGGCCGGAAUACUGUUUUCGGACCGAAGAUGAGGCUAAUGCAGCAGAGGAAGGCAUCAACCGCCCCUUCCUUCACGGUCAAGAAGUUGGCGGCAGAGGGAGCCUGGAUGCCCGCAGUCGGGAAUGUCUCUACCAUCUUGUGCUUCGUCAUCUGCCUGAUCUUGAACAUCCAUUUCACUGGUGGAUCGAACCGUGCAAUAUUCUUCCUGGCCCCAAUCUUGCUGUUGCUCAAUCAGGAUACAGACUUCGUCUCUGGGUUUGGGGACAGGCAGCGGUAUUUCCCAGUGAUGGUAGCUAUUUCGGGAUAUUUGGUCUUGACCGCCCUCUACAGGAUAUGGGAGGAGGUCUGGCAUGGUGACUCUGGGUGGGGUCUUGAGAUUGGCGGGCCGGGCUGGUUUUUUGCGGUUAAGAAUGCAGCCCUCCUCAUGCUCACAUUGCCCAAUCACAUCCUCUUUAACCGCUUUAUGUGGGACUACACAAAGCAGACGGAUUCAAUGCUGUUGCUGACCAUGCCUCUUAAUUUACCGUCAAUAGUAAUCACAGAUAUAAUCACUGUGAAGGUGUUGGGGUUACUAGGGGUUAUUUAUUCUCUAGCCCAGUACUUAAUAUCAAGGCAGAUAAGAAUUCAAGGCAUGAAAUAUAUUUAAAACAGUAGGCAACCCCUCAAGGGGAGACUUCAAAGGUUGAUCACUGCCAUCCAAAUCACACCAACUGGACAAUCACGUGGGACAAACAGGGCUGUUUGAUCUCUGAGUUUUAAUCUGUUGAGUUUGGGACUGUUGUCCAUUUUCUUUUUUCUACUUUCCAUUUGCAGCCCACCAUUGAAUGGUUAGGAUUGUCCUAACGGUGCAAAUUUUGGGUGAUAGCCUGUCCAUGAUAGGGUCCUCUGCUGAUCGGCAGGUUGUAUGUUGAGGUUAAUGGUCUUUUAGCAUUUGCUGUGUACGGUAGGAUGUGGAGGCUCAUGGUCUUUAGAGAUGAAAGAUGCGAUGUUACACAAUUCUAUAAGGAUUCUGCAUGCUCCCAAGGUUUACUUCCAAUUUCGAUGGACCCAGAAAGGUGACGCAAAUGAUCAGAUACAUGGUACAGUUGGUCUGUUAAUCCAGGGUGAAAUGAUGGGUACCGUUGUAGAUGGGCUGCUGCCUGAAUACUCAUGGAUUGGAUGAUCUUAACUGUGAUUGACGGACAGUAUCCUAAUGAAUGUGGACUCUGCAUGGUGUUUUUCAUCUUUUUA